AUGACUUUUGAUCCAACUAAACAUUCACAUUGUCGAUAUAAUCCAUUGAAAGAUGAAUGGAUACUUGUUUCACCACAACGAUUAAGUCGACCAUGGCAAGGUCAAGUUGAAGGUGAUAAAAAUGACGAUGAUGAAAAUAUGAAUAACGAUCAACAAUCAACAAAUCCUCUUUGUCCUGGUGCUAUACGAGGAAAAACAAAUCAACAUAAUCCAUUUUAUGAACAUACAUAUAUUUUUGAUAAUGAUUAUCCUGCAUUGUUAUCUGAUAUUCCUGAUGAUCAAAAUAAUAAUAAUAAUGAUGAUGAUCUUUUUCGAUGUCAUGUAGCUCGAGGUGUUUGUAAAGUAAUAUGUUUUCAUCCAAAUUCAAAAUUAACUUUAGCACGAAUGACACUUGAUGAUAUUUCAUAUGUUAUAAAAACAUGGAUAGAUGUUUAUCAAAAUUUAGCAAAUACAUAUCAAUGGAUACAAAUAUUUGAAAAUCGUGGAGCUAUUAUGGGAUGUUCAAAUCCACAUCCACAUUGUCAAGUAUGGGCUACAGAUUUUUUACCGAAUGAAGUUCGUAUAAAACAUAGAACACAAAAAGAUUAUUCUAUAAAACAUCAUGGCAAUGUUCUUUUACUUGAUUAUAUAAAACAUGAAUUAAAUGAUUAUAAAAAAGAACGUGUAGUUAUUGAUAAUGAAUAUUGGAUUGUUAUUGUUCCAUAUUGGGCUGUAUGGCCUUAUGAAACAAUGUUAUUACCUAAAAGACAUGUUCUUCGUUUAUCGGAUUUAACUGAUGAUGAACAAAUUGGAUUAUGUCAAAUAAUGAAACAAUUAUUAAUUAAAUAUGAUAAUCUAUUUAAUACAUCUUUUCCUUAUUCAAUGGGUUGGCAUGGUGCACCAACAGGUAGUUUUAAUAAUGAAGAUUGUUCACAUUGGCAAUUACAUGCUUUAUAUUAUCCACCAUUAGUACGUUCAGCAACAGUAAAAAAAUUUAUGGUUGGUUAUGAAAUGUUAGCACAAGCUCAACGCGAUAUAACACCAGAAUACGCAGCUGAAACUCUUCGUAAUUUAUCCGGUGAAAUACAUUAUAAAGAUAAAAAGAAUAUAUAA